GCUGCAGUGUGUAGCGCGCGGGGGCGAGGACACAGGGCGGUGGAACACACAAGGGAUCUUAAUCUUGUAGGUGCAUGGUAACUGAUUAUAAGCCGAAGAUGGCCGUGUUGCCGCGGUGGUUACUAGCCGCUGUUGUGGUGCUAGUGUCGAUCGUCGCCGCGACCGCGACGUGGAUACCAGAGAAUUCUGACUUUCCUUACGCAGACGACGUCAGCGGGGACUACUGUCGCACGCGCGUGCCGACGUGCUGCACGGAUAGGGAUGACGAAUGCACAGUGCCCAUACUGGACACUGUCUGCUACUGUGAUAUGUUCUGUAGCCGUGAUCGCACCGAUUGUUGUCCCGACUUCUACGAGACUUGCCAGGGACACACGGGAGAUGGCGGGCUGACACGUACUCUGGCUCUCACUUCUCUCCGUUGACCUUAGACGAAGGGUCUUCCUACAUGCUGGGAACUAAGAAACCGGAUAAGUUCAUCUCUACGAUGGUUCCGAUUAACUAUGAAGAUUUGGCCAAGCAGUUACCGACUAAUUUCGACGCCCGCGACAAGUGGGGAGAAUGGGUAGGACCAAUUAGGAACCAGGAACUCUGUAACGCCUCGUGGGCGUUCUCUACAACCGCGGCUGCCUCUGAUAGACUGGCGAUUCUCUCUAAUGGCACCGAGCUAGAACGGCUGUCGGCCCAGCAGCUUCUGAGCUGCAACCGCAAGAACAAGAACCCGUGCCUUGAUCCAGGUGCCCUCGAAAACUCGUGGUGGUUCAUGCGCAGGACAGG